GGAGUGGGGACGGGAAGGAGAGGAGAGCUUUGUGCAAGGGCAGGGUGAGUGGGCAACCCUCCCAUGCACCUGCACAGGAGCUUCCUGCAUCUUUGCUGCUGAGAACAGCCCGCUGUCUCCCUUUCCGAGCCGGGACAGAAGAUGUUGAAGAUGUUCAGGAGGGGAACGGUUUACUCACUGAGAGAGCGGUGUUACUGAAGAGCUCAUAGGACACGAUGCUGUUGCCUAGUGUCUCCAGGGUCCUACUACACACCUGCUACUCGCCUCGGUGAGCCCAGCUUGGCACUGUUGUCCCGAGAAAUGGAGAGUUCGAGUGGGACUGGAUUUGCAGCUCACCCCCCUUGGGGCAAGGGGUGUCUGUGAGAGGCAGAAAGAGAGGGGGCAUUAAAGGGGACUUAUUCACCCCCUCCGUCUCCCCACCACUUCACUCUGGACUGUGGGGAGGAAUAAGCAUGGAUGUAUCCAACAGCUCACUGCAGUGGGGCAACAGGAGCGAAGGGCAGCUGCCCCCUGGAGGGGUAUCCGUAUUCAGCAUCCUGGCCCUGACGCUGCUGGCUGGCCUGGUGCUGGCCACGCUGCUGUGGAACGGCCUGGUGCUGGUAACCAUCCUGAGGGUGCGCGCGUUCCACCGAGUCCCGCACAACCUGGUGGCCUCCAUGGCGGUGUCGGACGUGCUGGUGGCGGCGUUAGUCAUGCCCCUGAGCCUGGUGCAUGAGCUGCACGGGCGCCGCUGGCUGCUGGGCCGGCCACUCUGCCAGCUGUGGGUCAGCCUGGACGUGCUGUGCUGCACCGCCAGCAUCUGGAACGUGACCGCCAUUGCCCUAGACCGCUACUGGUCCAUCAGCCGGCACCUGGAGUACACGGUGCAGGCUCGGCGCCGCCUCUCCAACCUCAUGAUCGGCCUGACCUGGGCGCUGUCCGCCGUCAUCUCCCUCUCGCCGCUGUUCGGCUGGGGGGGCAAUGCCUACUCGGAGCGAGACGGCCGUUGCCAGGUCAGCCAGGAGCCCUCCUACACCAUCUUCUCCACCUUUGGCGCCUUCUACCUGCCCCUCUGCGUGGUGCUCUUUGUCUACUGGAAGAUCUACAAGGCCGCCAAGUUCCGCAUCGGCUCCCGUAAAGCCAACACAGUCAGCCCCAUGCCCCAAGUGGUCGAGGUGAAAGAGGCGAACCAGCAGCCUCAGAUGGUGUUCACUGUGCGGCACGCCACGGUCACCUUCCAGACUGAUGGAGAUACCUGGCGGGAGCAGAAGGAGAAGAAGGCAGCGCUGAUGGUCGGCAUCCUGAUCGGGGUCUUCGUGCUGUGCUGGAUCCCGUUCUUCAUCACCGAGCUGAUCAACCCGCUGUGCUCCUGUGACAUCCCGCCCAUCUGGAAGAGUAUCUUCCUCUGGCUGGGCUACUCCAACUCCUUCUUCAAUCCCCUGAUCUACACCGCCUUCAACAAGAACUACAAUAACGCCUUCAGGAACCUCUUCUCCCGGCAGAGGUAGAGCUUUGGCCGGCCGCUGGCACAGCCUUCUGUCCAGUUUUAGUCAAGACAAAUGAACACACGCACACACACACACACACACACACACACCGAGAGUGCAUGGCCAAUGUGAAACAAAAAGCUGCAAAGAUGCCUUGGAAAUUAGGGGGUGGGGGGAGGGGAGCUUGCAGUGCCACGUUAGCCAAACCUAUUUAGCAGCUCCGACGCUGUUUCUUGUACAAACCGAAACAGCAUUUGUGGUUCCGAGCGUUUGCAAUCGAAUAUUCCCUUGUAAAGUAUCUGUACAUAUUUCAGUUGUACAUACAUUGCCAUCCAGCACCCAGACCAGCCAGCCAGUGUAUCUGCCGUCACUGGGUCCACCAGGUCACUGUGGGACUGACAAUAAGGACUGGCCAGAAACGAACGCCGUCAAAUCUAUUUUAUAUUGAACUGCCGUGUCCAUCUGUCAUCAUUCUGUGUGACCUAAGGGGUCUCUCUCUCUCUCUCUCUUGCAAUAGUAAAGAUCCUCUUGAAAAUGGUAACUUUGUUCAUUGCUCGGAAUAAUUCACGUACUUUCUCUUUGAUUUAGAGAUAGCACAGAAUAAUGCACAUAAGCUGUGUCAGAAACAAAACCAGAGGAACCACAAGCUAAAUUAUAAACGAUCGAAGCACAGAGCCCGGAGCGGGUCAUUUAGCCCAUUGUCACUGUCCCUUUGAUUCCAAGUACUGUUUUCCUGUAUUUGCCCAUUUUUCGGCAAUAACCUAUUUCCUCCCAAAUAAAAGGGAGAGAGAUAUGAACCAAGCACAAUUUGAAAAGGCAGAUCGUCCCUUUGGGGACCUGGACCUUGCUCCUGUGGUGUGUAGUUCUGUUGAAACAUUACUUAAAUAUUUCCAUCAUUCUCCUUUUUGGAAUGAACAGGUACAAAAGCUCAAUGGCCCAGGUCUAAUCAUUUUCAGUAUUGGGCUGAGAUUACAUAAAGCACUGCAUGGCUGCUGUACAAUCAGAUCAAUCAGCUUGGCUUUAUUGAAAUGCACUGAAGCAAUACGUGAGGUGUAUGUAACCCGCAUCAUUAGGAUGCUCAUAUCCAAGGAAUCUCAUUCAGUUUAGGGUGGUUUGUGGCAGCAGGGAGCUGGGGCAAAAGGUCCUCAAAACCCAGUAGGACUACACACAUUGCAACAGUGAACUUGCAUAACAUGGUAAAUAGUUGGUAAGUAAGAUUCAACGUCAAGAAAUGCAAGAUCACACGUUUGUGGAGGAAGGAAAUGACGUCACUUAUUCCUUGGGAAGUGCAAGGGUAAAUGGGGGAGUGAAACUGAUAGAUCAGCAAUCAGUGAAAGUUGCACAUCAGCAAAGCAAACCAAAUGCUACGAUUUUAUUGUGAGCAGAUAGAAUUAAAAAAUAGUUAGGCUAAACCUGUCUCAAACUUCAAGUGGACCACAGAGUACUGUGUUCUGGUCUCCAUGUUACAAAAGAGGAGAUUGAGGCACUGCGGAGGACGUAGAGAAGACUUGCAAAGAUAGUAUCAGGAAUGCGUGGGUGCAUAUGUCCGGAAAGGAUUGACAGACUGCAGACUGUCUGGGGGGAAAGAAGAUGAGAGGCAACCUAACAGAGGAUCAUAUAACAUUUUGAUAGUGUGGGGAUAGAAAAGGAGGAAAUUGGCGCUGUGCAGGCACGAUGGUCUGGAUAGCACCUUAGCAAUUCUGUGCUGCUGUUACGAAGAGAGAGUGCUUUGUCUUCUGAGAAAGUACAUUACCAGAGGCCCGUCCAUAGAAGAUAGCUUACAAGAAUUCUGAAAGGGAAACGUCUUUAUCCAAAGAACAUGGGACUCACUACUACAGGGAGUGGUUGAUACAAAUAGUUAUAAUGGAUUUACGGUAAAGCUAUACAGGCAUAUAAGGGAGAAGGAAUAAGAUAUCUAUGAUGAUGGAUUAAGGUCAGGAAGUAUAUGAGGAGGCUAGCAUGGAA